UGGCAAAAUCAAGAAUUAAUUCCAUUCUUUCAAAAUAAAAAAGUGCUACUCAAUUUUGAUAACUGUUAUCAAUAUGAAGCUGUGAAUGAAAGCAUAUUAUUUUCAAAAAAUGAUAAGUUUACUCUCGAUUUGCAUGAAGAGGCGGAUUCAAAAAUAGUAUAUCAUGCGUGCAAUAUCGAGUCAACAGCGAACAUUCUAAUAAAAUGCUCAGAUACGGAUAUUUUAAUUAUUAUGUUGGCUAAUAUGAUUCACGUACAACACAAUAGCAAAGUUUAUAUUCAAACAGGGGUUUGGAAUAAGCAACGAAUAAUUGACGUAUCGACGUUGCAUGAAAAGUUAGGCGAGAUAAUGUGUCAAUCUCUGCCAGGAUUUCAUGCUUUGACUGGCUGCGAUUUUAAUCCCGCAUUAUUUCGCAAGGGAAAGCAACGUCCUUUACAGAUUUUAAAGAAAAAUGAAGACUUACAAAAAGCAUUCGGUCAAAUUGGACAUGAAGACUGUGAUGAAACCGCUGUUUUCCCGAUUCUUGAAAAGUUUAUCUGUAAUUUGUACAACUUUCCGCUGUUGAGCUCCGUAAAUGAUGCACGAUUCGCCUUAUUUUUAAAAACCUAUAAGGUCAACGAUUUGGAGGAACCUUUCCAGAAAAAAAAAUUGCAGAAUUUUGACUCAUCCACUUUGCCUCCUAGCCAGGCUGAAUUAACGCAGCAUUUAUUGAGGACCAAAUAUAUUGCUACAAUAUGGAAAAAUGCUCAUAAGAAAAUUCUAUCAUAUUUACGACCAGAAACUUGCGGAUGGAUAUUAGUAGAGGGAAAGUAUACAUUUAAAUGGUUUGACGGACCACAGCUGCCUAGUACAAUACAAGAUAUUAUUGAUCCUGGAACAAACGAAGGCGAUGAAGACAUUAAUGCAGAAAGCGAAUCAAAUGAAGAUGAAUAUAGCGAUAGCGAAGGAGAUAUCACGUCCGAAUCAGAUUCCGAUUGCGAAUGUGACUAAAAAUGUUG